UUACGGUAAUCUCAGUAAACCCAAAAGUGUCAACGACAGAUUGGUGAGUUGCUUGAACAGAGUAAUCCACUUUAACAAGGAAUGAAAUCUCACAACUGCUAGACACAAGCAACAAAUGAGCAACAAUUGCACUCAAUGGACGUAUUGCCACGAUGUGAGAAACAAAUGCAAAGUGUCGCCUAAUUUGCAUCGCAACAAUGCUAGUUUGCAACCGCCAUAGCUAGCUAUAUAUAUAUAUAUAUAUAUAUAUAUUGUAGGUUGUUACAGUCAGUAGCUUGUUUUGUUAUCGUAAGCCUGUUAACUUGUUAGAUUUGACAGCAAGCAAGGUUUGACAUGGAAUGUAUGUUGCUCUUAGUCGGAUAGCAACAUAGCUAGUCAUACAAUCUUUUGAGUACCAGUUUACUAGCUAGCUAACUAGCUAGUAAAGAGCUAGCUACCAGUUUAGCUAAUUUACCUUGUGCAUUGCGAACGUUAGCUAGCUAACGUUAGUUGUCAACAGGAAAUACAACACUUCCCACAAAAUUAGCGAAAUACCUUAAGCGGUCAUCUAGUUAGUCUGUUAACGUUGCUUUUGGUCAGAUUAGAAUGGAUAACCAACGUUGACCGUUUGUGUCAUUAUCUAACGUAAGCAAGAUAGCUCAUUAACACAAGUUGCAAACUUGAGUUAAAGUGACUCUUAAGGGUAAAUUCAAAAUGUGGCUCCAGCAAAGACUAAAGGGCCUACCAGGUGUGCUGUCAAGCAGCUGGGCUAGAAGAAUGCUCAUUGGACUGCUGGUUUUCCUCAUCUUCUACUGGUACCUUAGCUCAGAUGGUGCUUUGAGGUUGUUUAGUGGCUCAGGCCAAUCAGGGGGGCCGGCCGGACAAUGCCUCCAGACUGAGAUCCACAGGUGGAAGUCACUGGUGGACAGGGGGGAGGGAAUUUACAGCACUCCCCAGGAGAAAGCGGUCACGCCUUUUGUCUCAGGUAACGGCCAUUUCCUGGUGGACAUUGACUCCAACAGACUGUGGGUGGCCUCGUCCUCCCAGCCCGGGUCGGCCCCUGUCCACCAGACUGAGUAUUCGCCCAUAGUGGGUGUCCACGUCCCUGGGAAGCGGGCCGAGGCGCGGGCCACCAUGCUGUGGUUCCGCAAAGGGGCCGUCCUGUCCGUCCACUGUGUCCUCCCGGGGGGCACCAGCAGCUCCGUGUCAGCCCGUGACUGCCUCACCGUCCGAGAGGAGUUCAUCGCCCACCGCAGCCGGCCCAAUGUCUACCUCCAGAGGAUCCAUGUCAACAACCCCUCGGAGCGGGCCGCCACCCUGGAGGUUUCCACUGAACCACCCUCGUUCGGGAGCAAGUUCUCAGCCAGUGUGGAGAAAGUGGAGGACAAAGAGGUGGUGCUGUCGUCGGGCCGCGUGGUUCUGCCGGAGAAGAACCAGAUAGUGCUGGUGGUGGUGGCCACCAACAAACUGGGCAGCCGCAUCCAGGUGGCGGCCAAGUCGGAGUACACAGACAGUGUGCUGUCGGUGGUGUGGACGUCGGAGCCCAUUGAGUCGACCAAGUUGCAGGAGACCUUCACUAGGCUUAGAGAGGGGGCCAAGAAAGAGCUGGGCGAGCUGCUGAGGGCUAAUGUAGAAGAUCUGGUCCAGGACCACCAACAGGCCUGGAUGGACCUCUUCAUUUCUGGGGUGGAGAUGCGUAAGAUCACUGACGCGCACACGCCGUCCAGCGCCACGGUCAACACCACGCUCUACUACGUCCUCUCGGCCUCGCCGGCGCCCCUGCUGGACCGCCGUCUGGGCGCUGAAGAGCGCGCCCGUCUGGAAUCCAGCCUCAACUACGCCGACCACUGCUUUAGUGGGCAUGCCACCAUGCAUGCCGAGAACCUGUGGCCGGAGCGGGUCAGCAGUGUGGCCCAAGUCCUGCAGCUGGUCACCCUGUGGACCCUCACCCUGCAGAAGAGGGGCUGCAAGGUGCUUGUGGCGGCGGGUGCCCAUGGCGUCAUGCAGGGUGCCGUGCUCAGCUUCGGAGGCCUCUCCUUCAACGAAAACCACCUGCAGUUCCAGGCGGACCCGGACGUGCUGCACAACAGCUAUGCGCUGCGUGGCAUCCACUACAACCAGGACCUGAUCAACCUGGCUGUGCUGCUGGACGCCGAGGGCAAGCCCUUCCUGCAUGUGUCAGUCAAGCCCCAGGAGAAGCCCGUAGCACUGUACGCCUGCGAGGCGGGCUGCCUCAACGAGCCGGUGGAGCUGACGUCGUCAAUGGUGGAGGCCAAGGGCCACGUGUUCCCGGUGAUGGUGACGCAGCCCAUCACACCACUGCUCUACAUAUCCACAGACCUGCGCCACCUGCAGGACCUGCGGCACACACUGCACCUCAAAGCCAUCCUGGCACACGAGGAGCACAUGGCCAAGCAGGACCCAGGCCUGCCCUUCCUCUUCUGGUUCGGCGUGGCAUCGCUUAUCACCCUCUUCCACCUCUUCCUCUUCAAGCUCAUCUACAACGAGUACUGCGGCCCCAGCGCCAAGCCCCUCUUCAGGAGCAAGGUGACGAAGCCAAGUGAGGAAAUGGAAGCUUAGGAAGCAGCCAUGACAUCACUGGUGCAGAGUAGCAGCCAGCGAUGGCAGCAUGAGACAAAUUACAUUGCCAUAAAGUGUGUUACUGUACAUGUCAUUAUUUGUCAAUGAUUUGUGUUGAGAUGGUCAAUCAUGUUUAUUUAACUUUCGACAUGUUGGAGCUGAAUUCAGAGAAACAAGCUCACCUCACCUGAUGACCUCUUUCAUUGGCAAGGCUAACGAAAGUUUCACUGUUUACAAUGCUUCCAUUCGUUUUGGCGGGGUGACCCCUCGGUUUGAACGAAGAAUAGGGAUUCUAUUUAUAUGGUUCUAGUCAUAGCUUUGUUUUGUUUCUACCAUAUAGAAUUCUGAAAAAUGUGAGUUAUCCCUUCACCUUUUUUUCAAGAUGGUGGAAUCCUAACCCAAGCUACACACAUGUAUUUUACCCUGCGUUUAUAACCAAGUGGGAAGGUGGUAUUUACCACAUAUGACUAGGGAAAAUCCACUUAAACGCCCCUCCAACUGGUAAUUACUAGAGGAAAACUCGUUUAUCAUCCCUGAGCUCUGACUUCUCCCACAUGCUGACCUCUGACGUCACCUACUAAGGAAAUGACCUCGAUAACAUAUUUUUUUCGGCAAUUUAAUGCAACAAAACAUUAUUUAUAAAAAGGAAUCUAUUAAUAUGGGUUUUGAACACAAUAUCAUUUGAUGGCAUGAUAGCUGUACUUUUAGUUUAUGGUUGACGCAGCUUGUUGGCCAUUAGCCAAUCUGUGUUUGUCAACGAGUUCAAUGCAUGUGAAUACAUACAACUGGUAUUUACGACUUCACAAGUGGUUAUGAACGCAGCAUUAAGAUAGGAUUAGGCCCUAAGAAAUCAUCUCCAUUAAAAAUGGAUUGAGAUGAAAACAUUGACAUUUAAAUGAGUCCUGGUUCUUUUAGUUGAUUUACUUAAAUGUGGUCCUCUGUAGCUCAGCUGGUAGAGCACGGCGCUUGUAACGCCAAGGUAGUGGGUUCGAUCCCCGGGAC